AUGAACAAUUCGGGCAAAAUUGGGGGCGGAGGAAUUUUGAGGGAUCAUCAAGGCAACAUGAUAUAUGCUUUUAGCAUCCCUCUUGGAAUUGGCUCAAAUAAUUUAGCAGAGACACUUGCAGCGCAGCAAGGUAUCUACUGGUGUGUUCAACAUGGUUUUAAGAAGAUUAUCCUCGAAAUUGACUCAAAGUUGCUGAAUAAUUGGAUCAGCUAUAAAUCCAAACCUCCCUGGCAGAUUCAGCAGCACAUCAGGGAAUUGAUCAGACUCGCUAGACAGCUAGAAUUUUUUGAAUGCAGGCACAUCUUCAAGGAAGCUAACAGUACAACAGAUUUCCUUGCAAAGGGAAGCCACAACUCAGACAUUAUCAGACAAUACUACACUCAUCAUCAGCUUCCUACAGUUGCUAAAGGUAGCUACCUGCUAGAGAGGAUGGGAGUAUCCAAUUUCAGAAGGAAGAAAAUAAAGAGAAUCAAGCAACCACCUUAA